AUGGAUGCGGAACAAGCUCUUGUCCUCCGAGAACCCUCCGCAACUCAAGUUUCAGACGAGUUUCCGGCGACUGUUAGGGUUCUCGUCGUCGACUCCGAUUUAAACUCGUUGCUUGUCAUGGAGAAGACAAUGAAACAAUACUCCUACCAAGUAACUACACGUGAUAACGCGGAAGAAGCACUCUCGUAUAUCAGAACGAGCAAAGAUAAGUUAGACAUGGUGAUUUGGGAUCUCCACAUGCCUGGAACCGAUGGACUGGAGGCUCUCACCACCACCAUCGCAUCUGACAUGGACCUCCCCCUCAUAAUUACGUCAAGGGACCUUGAAAAAGAGUCUGUGAUGAAAGCUGUGAGGAAAGGGGCCUGUGACUAUUUGCUGAAGCCCGUGAGCAAAGAGACCAUUGCGGUAAUAUGGCAACACAUUGUUCGCAAGAAGACCAAACCGGGUCUCGUCCGUACUGUUCCACGAAAACAAACCACCGACGACGACGUCGACGUCGAAGAAACAUCGGAUGACGUGGACCAAUGA